CCCUAAACAAAACUGUGGCAAUGUAAGAACAAACACAAAAAAAAAAAUGGGGGCAACGAUGGUGAAAAAUGGAAAUUUAUUGGAUGCCUUGCCUUCACAGGGAACACUACACGUUGUAAUGCUCGGCUUGGAUUCUGCUGGCAAAACAACAGCGCUAUACAGACUUAAGUUCGAUCAGUAUUUAAACACAGUACCCACUAUUGGAUUUAAUUGUGAGAAGGUUCAGGGAACUUUAGGAAAAGCAAGGGGUGUUCAUUUUCUCGUUUGGGAUGUGGGUGGACAAGAAAAACUUCGACCGCUGUGGCGAAGCUAUACUCGGUGCACAGAUGGAAUUCUAUUUGUUGUGGAUUCGGUCGAUACGGAUCGCAUGGAAGAGGCAAAAAUGGAGUUAAUGCGUACAGCCAAAUGUCCAGACAAUCAGGGGGUCCCUGUGCUUAUUUUAGCCAACAAACAAGAUCUACCAAACGCAUGUUGUCCCAAGGAACUUGAAAAGCUCUUAGGAUUACAUGAGCUGCACAAUCCAAUAUCGAAUAUAUUGAGUUCCAGCUCAACAUCAACAGGAAACAUUGUCGGUUUUUCCACUUCAAACCAAAGUUAUUCUAAUCAGAGCACAGCAAUCCAGAUGGCGCCUGAUGCGGACAAGUGUAAUGAAAGACAAGUAUCGUCAAUAAAGGUCACAUUUCCACACUCGCAACAUUUCCAAUCCCACGCGGAGUCCAAUAGUAAAGACUCCAGUUUGCCAAACGAGGCUAAGUGCAACGCACCACAUACAACAUCACCAACAAAGAACAGCUCCCAGUUUACAGUAAAGCAUAAUAACAUAAAUGCAUCCACGCAACUAAAGGGCUGGUACAUACAGCCCGCUUGUGCUAUUACUGGAGAAGGACUACAAGAGGGAUUGGAUGCUUUAUACGACAUGAUAUUGAAGAGGCGUAAAAUUAGCAAGUCUUGUAAAAAGAAUAAACGGUAAUAUUGUUUUUAAUAUAGAAUUUUAGAAAUUAAAGUCUGCUUAGCACAAUUAACAAAAUGUACACGCACUAAAACAAUAAAUAUCGC